AUGGAUUUUGCAGCAGAAGACAGCCAGAACGCCGCUCCUGGCAGUAUCCAGCAGACCAAGCUUAGCACAGCCCGCAAAGGCCCCGAUGCGGGCAGCGUUACCAAGAGGUUGCAGACGGAGCUGAUGCAGCUUAUGACCUCGCCCGCGCCUGGCGUGUCCGCUUUCCCGUCAGCCGACGGCAACCUCAUGAGCUGGACGGCUACCAUUGAGGGACCCGAUGGCACCCCCUACGCCGGCCUCACCCUCAAGCUGAGCCUCGCCUUUCCCAACAACUAUCCCUACGCUGCGCCUACCGUCCUCUUCAAGACCCCCAUCUACCACCCCAACUUUGACUUCUCCGGUCGAAUCUGCCUCGACAUCCUCAAAGACAAGUGGACCGCUGCAUACAACAUCCAGACCGUCCUCCUCAGCUUGCAAAGCUUGCUCGGUGAGCCCAAUAACUCUUCCCCUCUCAACGGCGAGGCAGCCGAACUGUGGGACAAGGACAUGGAGGAGUUCAAGCGCAAGGUCCUGGCCCGUCACCGUGACGUCGAGGACGAGUAG